UGCCUUGCGAGCAGUGUGAUACAAUUUAUUUAUUUUGUAAAAAACAAUAAAAUAAAUUAAACAGUUAGUUUCACCACGUUUAACAUACAAUGGGUUCAGUAUAAUACGAUUGUCCAAUAUGGAAGAAGAACUUCGGUGUUUUGUUUGUAAGGAAUUCUACAAGGAACCAGUGCUGCUGCCCUGUGGUCAUGCUUUAUGUCGUAUUUGUGCGGUGAGCCUCCAGUGCCAUGUCCAUGAGGCGGAUAAUUCGGCAGCGUCAACAGAUUACCAUGAGGCAGACAAGGCCUCUGUGUCCAGUGAAACUGACAGCGGUGUGGUAUGUGGAUCAAGGCCUAACAGUUACGCGGGAACCCCGGCCGCGCCUGUGUAUCCGUCCGCUGCGUUUAGCUUGACUUGUCCCCUGUGCAGCAAGUUGGUUUAUUUAGAUGACAAUGGGGCUGAGGGGCUCCCGCCGUUUCGCGUUAUGCGGACGAUUGUGGAGCGGUUUGGGGGUGUUACUGGUGCGCCACCAGCUGAAGAAGCGUGUCAGAUGUGUGAAGGUGAAAAGAGAGCAGCUGUGGUACGAUGCGAGCAGUGCUCUGUUCGCUACUGCGCCGGCUGCCGAGACGCCUGGCAUCCCACGCGUGGGCCACUCGCUCAACACGAACUAAGAGCACUUGGAACCACCUGUAGUGACCAUGGAUCUUCCCCAGUAUUGUAUUGUAACACUUGCCUAGUCCCUAUUUGUCAACGUUGCCUUGCUGAGAGACACUCAACUCAUGAAACACAACAAUUAUCUAGUGCUGCUAGAGCCAAUAAGACUGAAUUAUCACAAUCACUGCAGCAACUGUCAGAGCAAGCCAAAGCUAUGACUGAAUACAUCCAGCUAGUCAAAGGUUCAGGAGAAAAAAUUAAUGAAUCAUGUGAAGAAUUAGAAAGGCAAAUAGAUAGUGCUUGUGCAGAAGUGACUCGUGCCAUAGAGCUACGUCGCGAUGAGCUGAUUAGAGCUGCACGGAACACCCGUUCCCAAGCUGUGGCUAACAUGCGCUCGUUGACUUCUCAGGCAGCUCAGAAACUUAGAGAAGCUACUGCCCUUUUACACUUCUCAAUAGAGGCUCUCAAGGAAGCUGAUCAUGCAGCAUUCUUACAGGUAGGGAACAUACUGUCGACGCGAGCGCAAGAGACCGCGUCAGGGCUCUGCUCGAGUCUCAGCCCGCCGCCGGAUCCACCGGCGCUGACGCUCGACAUAGAGCCCGUACUGCACACGUUGCAAACUAUGAUAAACUUUAUGUCGAAGCCAGAAGAGCUACUAACACUGUCCAUUGAGGUGUACUGCGGACGUGAAACGGUGUGCACGAUAGAUGGGCUACACUACGCGUCCCUCUACAGUGCGCGCGUGAAAGCCUUCAACGGUGCCGGCGAGGGACCCUAUAGCGAAUUGAUUGGCCUGCAGACUUCGCCUGUCGCCUGGUUCACCUGGGACGCCCGAUGCGGGGGUGCGGAGGGCGGGGGCGGGGUCACGCUCAGCGCAGACGGCCUCAGUGCCAAAGCGGCCGGCUGGGAGCCUCGCGUGGCCUUAGCGGACCAGCCGCUAGCCCGCGGCCUGCACUACUGGAGGUUGAGAUUGGACCACUACGACGGAGACGCGGACCCGGCCUUUGGGAUCGCGAGGGCUGACGUUGCUAAGGAUAAAAUGCUUGACGGCCUCAGCGCCAAAGCGGCCGGCUUGGAGCCUCGCGUGGCCUUAGCAGACCAGCCGCUAGCCCGCGGCCUGCACUACUGGAGGCUGAGAUUGGACCACUACGACGGAGACGCGGACCCGGCCUUUGGGAUCGCGAGGGCUGACGUUGCUAAGGAUAAAAUGCUUGACGGCCUCUGCGCCAAAGCGGCUGGCUGGGAGCCUCGCGUGGCCGUAGCGGACCAGCCGCUAGCCCGCGGCCUGCACUACUGGAGGUUGAGAGUGGACCACUACGACGGAGACGCGGACCCGGCCUUUGGGAUCGCGAGGGCUGACGUUGCUAAGGAUAAAAUGCUUGGCAGCGACGCGCUCGGCUGGGCGAUGUACAUCGACGGCACGCGCUCGUGGUUCGUGCACGGCGGCGCGCACGGCGGGCGCGCGGCNUAUUGUCCUUCGGCGCUGCUUAGGGGGCUGGUGUAUAGAUGGCGGUGGAAGCGUGUGUGGCGCGUGCCCGCCGCGCCGGCCGCCGUGCGAGGCUACGUGCUGGAGCUGGACGACGGGCUGGGCGGGCCCUUCCGGGAGGUAUACUGCGGACGCGAAACGGUGUGCACGAUAGAUGGGCUACACUACGCGUCCCUCUACAGUGCGCGCGUGAAAGCAUUCAACGGUGCCGGCGAGGGACCCUAUAGCGAAUUGAUUGGCCUGCAGACCUCGCCUGUCGCCUGGUUUACCUGGGAUGCCCGAUGCGGGGGUGCGGAGGGCGGGGGCGGGGUCACGCUCAGCGCAGACGGCCUCAGUGCCAAAGCGGCUGGCUGGGAGCCUCGCGUGGCCUUAGCAGACCAGCCGCUAGCCCGCGGCCUGCACUACUGGAGGCUGAGAUUGGACCACUACGACGGAGACGCGGACCCGUCCUUUGGGAUCGCGAGGGCUGACGUUGCUAAGGAUAAAAUGCUUGGCGUCACUUUAAGCCCAUACGGCCUCAGCGCCAAAGCGGCCGGCUGGGAGCCUCGCGUGGCCUUAGCGGACCAGCCGCUAGCCCGCGGCCUGCACUACUGGAGAUUGAGAGUGGACCACUACGACGGAGACGCGGACCCGGCCUUUGGGAUCGCGAGGGCUGACGUUGCUAAGGAUAAAAUGCUUGUUGUUUUAAUAAGGGGCGGGAUCACUUUAAGCCCAUACGGCCUCAGUGCCAAAGCGGCUGGCUGGGAGCCUCGCGUGGCCUUAGCGGACCAGCCGCUAGCCCGCGGCCUGCACUACUGGAGGCUGAGAUUGGACCACUACGACGGAGACGCGGACCCGGCCUUUGGGAUCGCGAGGGCUGACGUUGCUAAGGAUAAAAUGCUUGGCAGCGACGCGCUCGGCUGGGCGAUGUACAUCGACGGCACGCGCUCGUGGUUCGUGCACGGCGGCGCGCACGGCGGGCGCGCGGCGGGCGGCAUCGCGCGCGCCUCCACCGUCGGCGUGCUGCUGGACCUCACGCGCGGCACGCUGCGCUUCACCGUCGACGACCGGCCCCAGGGUGACAUAGCGUUCACGGGUCUCCGCGGGGCGUUCUACCCGGCUGUCUCUCUCAACCGGGGCGUGGCGGUAACUCUGCAGCCCGGUCUGACCCCGCCUCCCGCGCUAUUAGCGCUCCCGCGGGCCGAGUGACCAACACAGUCCUGCCCGGGGCCCGGCGAGACCAGGCACCGGGGCAGGUCCACCGAGAGAGAAGUCAGCCGAGAGGAUGGGGCUAAGCCGCUGCGAGACCGGGGCAGAUCGGCUGAGUGAGAAGUAAAAGUAAUUUAAGAUACACCUGUAUAGAUAUCUAGACUAAGAGCUAGUGACCGCCAGACCUACGUUAUAAAAGCUGAAAGUUUGCCAGCGUGAGUUUCCAC